CAACUGAAACUACGGGCGUGAGCACUCUCAUUUCCACUCUGGUAGUAGCAAUAGUUCAAAAAUGGUGACUACCGCUAAUUACGCUUUUUCUUCCGACGGUGAAUAUUUUGCACAUUGCGGUAAUGAUGGAAAAUUAAAAAUUUGGGAUACUGGCACUGGCCGUUUGAAACAAGAAUAUGUUUCUAAUUCUCAUCUUUCUUCACCAUGUUGUGUUUUGGCUUGGCUUUACGUCAGUUCUCGAACAACAAAUACAUCGCCUUCACCAUGGAAAAAACGCAGAAAGAAAUCAAUUUCAGAAGAAUCCAAUCAAAAGGGCAUUGUUGCCAUGGGUUCAACAAAUGGAAGAGUCACACUUUAUGAUACAACAACUUCCUUAGUUACUGCACAAUUAAAUGGUCAUUCUGGUAAUGUUACUGCAGUGACUUGGUCUGAAAAUGUUGGUUUAUUUUCUGCAGCAAAUGAUCACCACAUUAUUCAGUGGAAUUUGCAAGAAAAUGGUGUAAGAUGUAAAUGGAAAUCAGGCAAAGGAAAAACUGUAUCAUUAGCAGUUUCACCAGAUGGAAAGAGUUUGUUAUCAGGAGAAAGGGUUAUUAAAUGGUGGAAUCUAGAUACUAAGCAGUUAGUAAGGACAUUCACAGGCCAUGCUAAUGAAGUGUCAUGUCUUCAUACUGUUCAAAUGACAUCUGGUAACAAUUAUGUUAUCAGUGGUGCUUGUGGGGAUGGUUACCUGAAUGUUUGGGCAUUGGAUGAACAAAGAAAUGAAAGAACUGCUGUGGCAAGUUUAGCUUUGCAAGAUGAUCCAAUAAGUGUUUCUACACACAUUUCUGAAAACUUUCAAGUGAUAGUGUUAGUAGUAACAAGGUCUGGCCAAGCACAUCUAUUUCAAUACCAACCAAAUGGUCGGUCAAAACCUUUGAAGCCAAGUUUAAAUAUUGCAGUCGCUUCUGAUAUAAGCCAAAAAGAUAGUGUUCAACAAAUUUCUAUCUUAAAUGGAAUAUUGACAGAAGAUGAAAAAUUAUUAUUAGCAUAUGGAACAUACCUUAAUCCUAUAUUUGAAAAAGUGACACCAGAUUUUUCUGAUAAAGUACAGUAUCUAGUACGUUCAGAAUAUAAAAAAAGCAAAGACAGAAAAGAAGAAAUUUCUAAAGUGAAGUCCACUAUAAUUGAAGAUGAUGUUGAAUAUCUUACACCAGGAAUAAUUGAAACUACACAAAAAAAGAUUAGAAGCAGUGGUGGGUCACAAUUAUUAUUAAAAGAUAGAUUGGAAAACUUGAGCUUAAGUGCUGAAAGCAAUCCUACAGGCAAAAUCACGAGCACGGGUAAUAGUAGAGCACAACUUUUGGUACAAGGCUUAAAUAGUAAAGAUAAAGCUAUUUUGAACAACAUUUUUCUCACGAAAAAUGAGACUAUUAUUAGGAAUACUAUUGCCAAGUUACCAAUUCAAGCAAUUGGUCCUCUUCUUAAAGAACUUACCAUCCUACUGCAGGGUAAAACAUACACAAGCAAAAUUGCUGUACGAUGGUUGGAAGCAUUAUUAACAACUCACGCGGGACAUUUAUUAUCACAAGCAGACCUUGUAGAAUUAUUUGGGCCAAUUUUAAGUUUAAUGGAUGCUAAACUAACUCUUUUAACAGAGCUCUCGAAACUUAAGGGUCGAGUAUCUCUUAUCACUGGUCAAAUUUCUCAAACAAUGGAAGAGCACGACAAAGACAUUAGCGAAAACUGCCUUGUCUACCAAGAUACAGAUUCAUCAGAUGAAGAUGGUGGAGUUGAAGAUGAAGAUUUGGAAAGCGAAUCAGAUGAAAAAUGGGAAGAAAUGUCAAAUCAAGAGGACAAUGAAGAUGAACAAGAAGAUCAAGGUGAUCAAGAACAGGAGAAUGAUGAGGAUGUCACAAGUACGAAUUCUAAUUAUGAUAAUGUUGAUGAUGAUGAAGAAUUUGUAUCCAGCUGAAUAUUAAUUUGAGUGAACAUUGGAGUUCCUGAAUGUAAUGAAUAUGGCGAAAAAGAAAAAACAAUUGAAAUAUUGAAAUUGUUAAAUAAAUGUCGUUUUUCUACAAAAACUAUUCAAAUUAUUAAAUAUAUAUUAUCUAUUCUAAAUGAGAAA